AUUUCCACUUGUCAAACUUUCAUAACUUCAACAACUGGCAAAUGAAUCUUCCACUUGCCUCUUUUUUAACCGUAGUUGACUUCCACCAACCUUCCCUAUAUAUAACAAACCCUAUCUUCCCUCUCACUUCAAAUUCAUAUCCAUUAAAACCCAUUUUUUUCUCAAAAACUUAUUUGAGUUAUCAAUUUAUUAUCAUUUUCGUCUCGAGUUAAGAGGUUGAGCGUUCGAUUCUUAUCUAAGUUUAAAAUUAAACAUUCCGACCACACGAAAGUUAAAAAAAAUAUACAUAAACAUGGGCAACUAUGCAUCUUGUGCGCUAUCAUCAAUGGGCAAACAUAAAUCAGCUAAAGUGGUGUUUCCAACCGGAGAAAUCAAGCAAUUUCAACAACCUACAAAAGCCGCGGAACUUAUGCUUGAAAUGCCCGGAUUUUUCCUUGUAAAUUCAAAGGCUUUACAAAUUGGAAAGAGAUUUUCAGCUCUUAAUGCAGAUGAAGAUCUAGAGAUCGGGCAGGUUUACAUCAUGUUUGGUAUGCAAAGGGUGAAUUCUUUUAUUACUGCUGCCGAUAUGGGAGCUGUUUUCCUUGCUGCUAAACGUGGCUCUAACGGAAAGGUGAGGGUUGUUCCUUCAUACUCCGUUGAGAGUGAGUCAGAAUCACCACUGGCGCAUGAAGAGGACGCGCUUGAGAUGAAGGUUGUAGUUGAGGAGUUGUUGUCGGAGUUUAAGCAUAGGAGGUCUGUUUCCCGGUCUAAAAAGCCGGUGUUGGAAACCAUUGUGGAAGAACCUGUUAGCAUUUUUUCAAGAAGGUGAACAAGCUAAGCAACCAAGUUUUUAUCCUUAUGUUAUUAAGGUAGGAAAAAAGAAAAAAGAAAAAAAAAGGAAAAAAAAUGGGCUUUUUGGAAUGGAUUUGGAGGCUCUCUUGCUAGUUUUAGAUGGAGGGAGAGAGACUGAAUUCUCGUGGUUUAUUACUUGCUCUAUCCGGAGUUUAAGAUAAUUAUUAAUUUCGGAUGAAGGGGUAGAUUUUUAAGGGUGAAAAAAGAUGUGCGUAUUGAAAAUAUGUAUUCUUUUGAUUUGAAUUGUAUUAACGGUUUUAGGGGUUUUUUUUUGUGACUUGAGAGGUGAUUAAUCACCUAAUCAAGUUAUUGUUGUAACCCUUAAUUCUCGUGAAAAUAUAUAUUCUUGUGUAAAUUGUCAAGACAAAAAUUACUGUUAUGUAAAUUGAUUGUAUAAAUCUUUGUCUUAUUUUAA